AUGGCUGCUCCCGUCGCUCGAGGCGCCUUCCGCAAGGCCAUCAACCUUCCCCCUACCGCGGCCACUGCCCACAACGGCACCCCGCUGGCUGCCGGCAUCAACUUUGCCGUGCGCGCUCCCGCCGACCCCCACGCUCACGGCCAUGGCCCUUCCCUCCGAUCUGACCCCACCCAGGUUCCCAAAUGGGCCUCCAACCUCCGCAACUCCAACGGCGUCCUCAGCUCCCGAUCCGGCGUCAAUGCACAGGCAGGCAGAAACGUGGAAGGCGUGCCUGGAAUGCACUGGACAAGGAUGGUCCCCUCUGCAUUGGACAUGGCAUCAAUGGACGAACAGCACGGCCCUCGAUCUGCCGACGCCAUCCAGACAGAGCCUCGCUACUUCUCGUCGUCGUCGCGCAGGCUGCAGGCGAGCCAGCCCGACCAGGUGCCCGACUUUUCGGGAUACCGUACCAAGAGCGCCGACAGCAACAAGGCCUUCUCGUACUUCAUGGUCGGCUCCAUGGGUCUGAUCGCCGCCUCGGGUGCCAAGGCGACGGUUUCGGACUUCCUUGCCUCGAUGGGCGCCUCGUCAGACGUGCUCGCGCUCGCCAAGGUCGAGGUGGACAUGAACUCGAUCCCCGAGGGCAAGAACGCCAUCAUCAAGUGGCGUGGCAAGCCGGUCUUUGUGCGCCACCGCACCAAGGACGAGAUCGACGAGGCCAACGCCGUGGACAUCUCCAAGCUGCGCGACCCCGAAAAGGACUCGGACCGCGCCAAGCGUCCCGAGUGGCUGGUGAUGCUGGGUGUGUGCACCCACCUCGGAUGUGUGCCCAUCGGCGAGGCGGGCGACUUUGGCGGCUGGUACUGCCCCUGCCACGGCUCCCACUACGACAUCUCUGGCCGUGCCCGCAAGGGUCCCGCCCCGCUCAACCUCGAGGUGCCCGAGUACGACUUCAACGAUGCCGAGAACAAGCUCAUCAUCGGUUAG